AUGAGUCCAAUCACUCUUUGGUUUGCCCUUGCGGGACUCGGUUCCGCCGGCGCCGUCAACCAGUAUACACUUGUUGAGUCUUAUGAUCACACCAACUUUUUUGACAAGUUCAACUUUUUUGUUAGCAAAUAUGGCACUGGCAACUACAAUGAUGUCGACCCAACAUCGGGGUACAUCAACUACCGCAGUCGGGAAGAUGCCGUGAAGCUGGGACUCAUUGCGACUCAAGGGUCGGAAAUGUUUCUCGGCGUCAACCACAGAGAUAAAUUGGAUCCAAAAGGCAAAGGCCGCGACAGUGUUCGAAUCGAGAGCAAGCAGCUGUACAACUAUGGGCUGUUCAUCUCAGAGUUUACACACAUGCCCAAAGUCGGCUGUGGAGUUUGGCCGGCAUUUUGGACAUUCGGUGAUCCGUGGCCCGUAAAGGGUGAAAUGGACAUUUACGAAAAUUGGAAUCUGGCGCCAUACAACAUGAUGACACUUCACACAGGCAAUUCAAGCCAAGUCGGAAACUGCACAAUCAGUCAGCACAAUAUGCUAAAUCCUGUCAUCACUACCAAUUGCGAUGUUACCUACAAGGACGCGAAGCAGAGCCUUAACCAGGCGUGCGGCACAGCCGAGGACCGCGGGCAAUGGGGCUCCAAGUCUGGCGGUGUCUACGCCAUGGAGUGGACCGCCGACUACGUCCGGCUCUGGAGCUGGAGUCGAAGCGAUACCCCCGUAGAUGUCAAGCUCCAGCAACCGAAUCCUCAGCUAUGGGGAAAGCCCUUUUUCUACGCCGGCGGCUCGUCUUGCGACAUGGACGCCCACUUGCGUGACCAGAAACUGGUGCUCAACAUUGACUUUUGCGGUGUUGCCGCGGGAGACGCAGCCCUUUGGGGCCAACAGUGCCAAAAUACGACGGGAUACACAAAUUGUACCGACUAUGUGGCAAAUCACCCCGAUCAUUUCGCCGAUGCAUUCUGGAAGAACGCCCUUGUAAUGUACACCGCGUGGCGUUAG